AUGACAACACUACGUACGCAUUUCUCAGUGAUUAAUAUAUUUGUGGACUCGAACUCUCUGAACUGUCUCCAAACGAAAGACGACGACAGCAUGGGGGCACAGCUGUUCUCGAGGGCAUCGACUGAAUGGGUUGGAUCUGAUCAAUUGAACACCAGUCUCUCGUGCUGUCCAGCCAUGAGGAAUUUCGUUCAAUUACUUGCGUUGUUUAUUUUGACACUUCAAGUGUUUGCGGAGGAUUUUCAAAAAAUCGGCUUUAAGGAUUGCAAAUCAAAAUUCAAAGUGUUGGACGUUCAAGCGUCCGGAUGUCAUCUGAAGGAUACACCAACUGGUAGAAAACUCUGUGAAUUUAAGGAGGGCACUACUCCGAGGAUUCGAAUUAAGUUCAUCCCAGAUGAAACGGUGUCAAGCUUGAAAACUCAUAUCAAAGCAAAAAUUGGUCAGACGUUUUUGGAAUUCCCAAUGGCCGACGCUGAUGCCUGCAAAUACGGUAGGUAA